UGCCCCUGCACCCCACAGGGUCUGAGAAGAAUGUGGCGCAACAAGGGGAAGACCACUGGUGCCAGGACCCCGUUACCCCCUGAGGCCCCCACAACAAGCCGUACUCCUACUCCGGCUAGGGCCCAGGCGGUCGGUAGCGCUCCAGAACCUGUUGACAGUCUCCAGAAAUAUUAUAAUAAUCUGUGUUUGAAAAAGUCCCAGAAAGUUAACCCUUUUCUAUUGCAUAUACUCCAAGGAGUGGAUGAAGAAAUCAGAAAGGGCUUGAAAGAAAUCACAUUAAACAUUGCUGGUAACAAUCACUCAGUGCCAGUGGAAAGAGUAACAGGUGAACAUUUUUGGAUCCUUUCCAAAAUUUUAGAGAAGAAUCCUUGUAUUAAUGGUUUGGACGUUAGAUAUAACCUCAUAAGUGAUGUUGGUGCAUACUAUGCUGCAAGACUGCUUCAGAAACAACACAGUCUCCUUUACUUAAACCUCAUGUUUAAUGAUAUUGGGCCCAAAGGUGGAGAACUGAUUGCUAAAGCACUGCACACGAAUACAACUCUGAAAUACCUAAGAAUGACUGGAAACAAGGUCGAAAAUGAAGGUGGAAUGUUUUUUGCUGCCAUGCUACAAAUUAAUUCAUCCUUAGAGAAGUUAGAUCUGGGCGACUGCGAUCUGGGAAUGCAAAGUGUGAUAGCAUUUUCUACAGCUCUGACUCAAAACCAAACAAUUAAAGGAAUAAACCUAAACCGACCUCUACUGUAUGGUGAACAGGAAGAGUCCACCGUUCACCUAGGCCAAAUGUUGAAAGAAAAUCACUGGCUUGUGGAACUAUACAUGAGUAAGCACGACGUCAGAAACCCUGGUCUCAAGCAGCUGUGUGAUGGGCUGAAUCUGAACAAAAGCCUGCGCUACCUUGAUAUCAGCUGCAAUAAAAUAACUCGUGAUGGAAUCACUUCUUUGGCUGAUGUCCUGAAAAGCAAUACUACCUUGGAAGUAAUAGAUCUUUCUUUUAACAGAAUAGAAAAUGUAGGAGCAGAGAAACUCAGUGAAACUCUUGCUUCACACAACACGAGUCUUAAAGCGUUGUCAGUAGUCAGCAACAGUAUAGAGGGAGAAGGACUUGUUGCCCUUUCAGAAUCGAUGAAAACAAACACCACACUCUCUAAUAUCUACAUUUGGGGAAACAAAUUUGAUGAGGCUACAUGUGUGGCAUAUUCCAACUUAAUUCAAAUGGGCCGUCUGAAACCAGACAAUACAGAUGUGGAGCCAUAUGUGGUGGACGGACACACGUAUCUUGCAGAAGUCUCCAAUGGCCUUAAAAAGCACUAUUACUGGACACCAACUUAUGGAGAAGCUUGCAGCCCCUCAUCUAAUGCGGGUUUUAGUAUUGUACCAGUAGGCGAACAGCUGUGAAAAAAGGCUCUUAAAUUUCAUACAUUUGUCUUACUACAUUCACAGAUUAGUAUUUUAUUGCUUAUUAAAUUUCUUUCAUAAAUUAGAACAAGUUACUUUUGUCAAAUAUGUAAAAGAUAUAUUAAACUUUGUACAACUAUGCCUUAUGAAAAACUUGACUAGUGUAAUUUUUAAAAGAAAUUUGACAAAAUAGAGACUAACAUUUUAACCCUGGAGAAUCAAGGAACUAAACUAUUUUUAUAAAGAAAAAUAUCACCAAGAGUAAAAGAGCAAUGAAGCAAAGUCGUUAGAGGUAUGCUAACUGAAAGUUGACGUGAAGUGGCAAAACGGUUUCAGGUGGCAGGUUCUCAGGGAAUUUCAAGGGGGUUAGGGGUAGAAGUAUGUUAUGUCUUAUUUAGGUAUUACAGGUGGGUGUUAUAGAAUCUCACAAAUAAAGGCAAAUAUAUAUAAAUAUAAACAUUUACAAACACAUGUAAGUAUCUUUCCAAACAAGUCAGUGCUGCCAAUGAGCUUUUUAAGAUAGUUUCUUUUGGAGGGUGCCAGUAACAUUUUAUAUGAUUUAAUGGUAAAUAAUGAUUGUUGCCUGAGUCCAAUCUUGUUUUUAAAUUAAGAUUCCCAUGAAGAGGCAACUGACAGUAUGAUCCUUUGUUUAGAGACCUAUACUCACAAACUUAUUAAUUCAUACACAGGCAGAGGCUGCUUAAUCUGAAUGAUUUAUUACUGCUCAAGCCAGACAAAGUAUUAAAAAAAGUAUAUGAACAGCUUUUAAAAGGUACUUUAAAUUGAGGUUCUGCAGUCUAAAAGUAAAUGACAGUCUAUCUCUAAAUGUUGAGGAAGGAGUAAUAGAGGUGGUGGUCAGCUUUAUAGUUAUCCAAGUAAUGACAUCCACUUGACAGUAUUGUGAAUUCCUCAAAUCAUAGCUGUAGUCUAAAAAUUUAACAUUAAAAAACCCAAACAUAUCUGCCACUGCCCAUCCUUUAGUAGAUUAAACAAUUAAGGUAAAUAUCCCCUACUCACUAUUUCAUUAUUUUUAAAGUUUAACAGGUCUUUCCUUAUACUCAGCACCUUUCCAUACUCCCUAGGAAGGUGAGGAUGGUGGUGGUGGUUUUAAAAUGGGAAGAACAUUUGAAUAAUUGUAUCAUUAUUUUCAUUUAACGUUCGGGAGUCAUGAGCCAGAAAAGACCUGAAGGUCUUAACAAAUUCAUUCCUGUGCUAGCAGAGAUCAAUUUGAAUCAUCCAGGAGGGAUGGUGGCCAUCAGGUUGAGUCUGUGCUGAAAAACAAAAUCUUGAAACAUCUGGAAUUGGUUGAAAAAUGUACACUUAGUAGUUCAUGUUAGUGACACAAUGUGUGGAUUUCAAAGGUUUUUUUCAACAUAAAUAUUGUUUAUAAAUUAUGAUAAAGAAAACUACCAUGUCUGGGAAUGGAAUUUUAUAUAUGACUUUCCAUGAUGCCAAAAAAAAAAACCCACAUUGAGUAUUUACUGUCAACAAAUGUUUACAAUGGAAUAAAGCUGUAGAGAGCACAGAA